AUCACACAUGGCCAUCGUGCAGAAGGUGAACAAUGAAGGCGAAGGGGACCCUUUCUACGAAGCGAUGGGCUUGGUCACGCUGGAGGAUGUCAUUGAGGAGAUAAUAAAAUCGGAGAUCAUGGAUGAGUCAGACGACUACAGGGAAAAUAAAUUGAAAAAAAAACCACCUCCACUUGGGACACUGAUGGAUCGCAAAAAAGAAGAUUUUUCCUUGUUCAAAGUGUCCGACAAUGAAAGUAAGGUGAAAAUCUCCCCGCAGCUACUCCUGGCUACACAGCGCUUCUUAUCCAGAGAGGUGGACCUCUUCAGUCCGGCUCGGAUCUCUGAGAAGGUCUUGUUGCACUUGCUGAAACACCCCAGCGUCAACCAGGAGGUGAAGUUCGACGACAGCAACCGUCUCUCCCCCGAGCACUACCUGUACCAGCGCAACCAGCCGGUCAAUUACUUCAUUCUGAUCUUGCAGGGCAGGGUCGAAGUCGAGAUUGGGAAGGAGGGGCUGAAGUUUGAGAACGGGGCGUUCACCUACUACGGCGUCUCCGCGUUGACAGCUCCCUCAUCAGUCCACCAGUCCCCCGUCUCCACUCUCCGAAUGAACCGCCGCGAGCAGCUGGAAUGCACAGAGACCCCCAACUACACCGCGUACUGUCCCGACUACACCGUCCGGGCCCUGACCGAUAUUCAGUUCAUCAAGGUGACUCGGCUGCAGUACCUCAACGCCCUCAUGGCCUCGCGGAUACAGAAUUCCCCCCAGUCCCCGGAAAACAUUGAACUGAAAGUGGUGCCCAGCAGCCAGACCAAGCUUCUCAAUGACAAAAAUGCUGCGGCAGCCUUUCCGCUCAACCUCUCUUUCUUUGCCACCAUUGAGAACUGCAUUUAAUACAGGCCUCUCUGCCAUAGUCUGGAGUGCCUCUUUGUUUUUUUUAAGUGCAAGGGAAAAGCGGAAGCAAACUCAACCUACUAGAAGAGGAGCGUCGGAGUUCGGGGGUCUGACUGCUGGAGGAGACGGGUGGGGCUGGAGGCUUCGGGGGCACCUCUCCCCUCCUGCCUCCCAUCCACCUUUGCGAUGGACCAUUCGUUUGGCACGCCAGAGAGACCCCCGUGUCUCGAUCCACCAGAUGGCUUGGCCCCUCGGCUCCUGGGGCUUCGACCCGGCGGCACCAGCCGGGACACUCUUUCAACAGCAUUUGACCGAGGCGGGUGAUUGAGCAGCCAAGAAGAGCUGCCCCACGAAAGCGGACUCGGUUGCGUUGAUAGUAGCUGGUGCGAACGGAGAAUGGCGAACGUGCACAACAAUGGCCUCUCUUGCUUUGA